CAUCAUCAUCAUCACAGUUCAAAUUUCGCGGCAAGACACGUUUGUGCACAGCAGCAGAUGAUGACGAAGAGUGGGGUGUUGCUUCUGGUGCUUGGCGCACUGACAGCCCACGCGAGUGCCUGUGCCUCUGCUGGUGCUGGUGCAGGUGAAGUCAUCUCGGACACGACCAUCAUCCACACAGCCGCAGGCGAUGUGAUUGGAAAGAACCUUGAGGAUCAUGAUGUCACCGCGUUCAUGGGCAUUCCCUAUGCGCAGAUGCCUGCUGGCAGGAGGCGGUUUGCGCCGCCCGUGCCCAAGCAGCCGUGGAAGGGCGUGAUGCAGGCUACAGAGUAUGGAGACACGUGCUACACGGCUGGCGACGUUCACUUUGGCAACAGCGGAUUGCCCACCAGCGAGGACUGCCUGCACAUCAACGUCUUUGUCCCUCCAAACACAACUACCACAAGCAACAAGCCAGUCGUUGUGUUCAUCCACGGUGGCGGCUUCAUCAUGGGUGCAAGCAACUUCCCCGUCGUCUCUCCGCGCCCAUUUAAGUUCCUGGUGGAGUGCGACUGCGUGUAUGUCAACUUCAACUACCGCCUUGGACCCCUCGGCUUUAUUGCACUCGAGGAAAUGCGCCAGGAGCACGGCCACGCAGGCGUGCUUGGCCUGAUGGAUCAACAGCUCGCACUGCAGUGGGUGCAGAACAACAUUCGCGCCUUUGGUGGCGACCCAGCACAGGUGACGGUGAUGGGUGAGAGCGCAGGCGCGUUCUGCUUGUGCUUCCAUCUCGUUUCCCCACAGAGCGCCGGCCUGUUUCAGCGCGUCAUUAUGCAAUCGUCCAUGUGCGACAUGAAGUUCCAGUCGUACGAAGAGGCUGUUGACCAAGGCAACCGACUCGCCAAGCACGUUGGCUGUGGGGAUGCUGGGGACCGGCUUGCAUGUCUGCGCUCGCUGCCUGCGGAGAAGAUACAGCGGGCGUUCAACAACAAGCGCGGCUUGCUGCUGCACACGGGGGUGCGCUGGUUCCCCACUGUUGAUGGUGUCGUGAUCCCAGACUACCCCGUCUCCCUCAUGCGCCAGCACAAGCACAACAAGGUUGAUGUGAUUAUCGGCAACAACGCCGACGAGGCGUCUCUGUUUCUGCUGAUUGCGUACAACGUCGCCGUGUUUGAGAGCUCAUGGCGCGAUCUUCUCCCAGCAACAUUCGCCCAAGACCAGCUUGGGCGGGUUGCGGCGCUUUUUCCGCAGGAGUGGUCGCCGUUCCAGAAGAUGGCUGCUCUCCUCGACAACAUGUCGUCCUGCUCAACCCUCAGAACAGCAAUGGCGCUUGCCUCGUCCCCUGAAUCGCACGUGUUCGUGUACCACUACACGUUUGUGCCGGAAACACUUGGUUGGCCCUUUGAUCAGCUGGGUGCAUUCCACGGCUCAGAACUCAGAUAUGUGUUUGAGGGCGAGCCUGAGAUGAGCGAUGCAGAGAAGCACCUCUCCCAGACCAUCCAGGACCUGUGGUACGCCUUUGCCCGCGGCUCCACGCACAACCUCUCCAGCGGCGAAGUGCAUUGGCCGCGUCUGGAUGACCAGCACCCCGUGUAUCUUGACUUGCACAACGGCAAUCUCUCUGCGCGCUCCACCAAACCCAUCGAGCGCUGGGAGGACACGCAGCACCGCCUUGAAGACCACGAGCCGCUGUUUGUAAACGAAUCGGAGCCGAGCCCGUUUGCAUUUUGCCCGUUCUUUGACACGCUGCUGUCGACGGAGAAGAAGCUUAUGGCGCCACCAGCGGACUUUGAGGAGGCCUGGGAUUCGUUUCUGGUGAAUGUGGUGCUGGUGAAACUGAUCAAGCAGCACGGACGAACAGUGUUGGCUGUGCUCCUCACCCUGGCUGUCAUUGUCAUCUCGCGCAGGUGUUACCCCACCCCUCUCACCACCGCCACACGCCCGCCACCCUCCACAAGCCACGAGCAUGCGCACACCAAUGGUGUGGCGACACGACACUGAAAAAGAUGCAUGGCUGCAGCUGUUUAACGACGCCAUAAAUAGUAGUCCCA